GUAACAUUCUAACCUAUUAUAUAACUAAAAUCUAUUGAACUUGUAACAUAUAAAUAAAUGAUAUACAUAUAGUAUAUAAUAACGUUUCUGGAGAAGGAUUCAUCAGAAUUAGAAAAGUUGAUCUAAACCAGCACUUUAUGCAGCUAGUAUUUUUCUAAAGUGUUUAGCCUUCUGGAGGAAGAAAACAGAGCUAUUUAAAGCUGAGCUCUAUUUCAAUUUGGUAUACAUAUUUAUAAAUGGUUUCAGUCUCACUAAUCACAUUGUAUAUAUAUGAAUAAGGACGUAAAAUAUGAUAUAAGAGAUAUCUUCCCGAGGUGUAAUUAGAGCUAAAGUGUAUCAAAUCUUAUCACACGUUUAAAAUAAUUAGUUGAUAACGCUUGACUACUUAAACAAGUAUUAUCCAUUUCUCAUAAUUGCUGGUUAACUGUCGUCGAGUAUAGACGUAAAAUAGCUGAUUGUGAGAAGAAAAUGGCAAAGCAUUCGGUGGAAAUUAAAUAUACCAAACUUUUCAUUGACAAUGAAUUUGUGGAUGCUGUGAGCGGCCGUACAUUUCCCACAAUAAAUCCCGUUGAUGGCAAAGUUAUCACAGAAAUUUCCGAAGGAGAUAAGCUCGAUGUAGAUAAAGCAGUGGCUGCUGCUAAACGAGCUUUUGACAGAAAUUCGAAAUGGCGUCAAAUGAAUCCAUAUAUUCGUGGACAACUCAUGCACAAGUUGGCAGAUCUCAUCACGCGCGAUUUAGAUUAUAUUGCUUCUCUUGAAACUCUUGAUAAUGGCAAAACAUAUGCAAGUGCUAAAGGUGAUAUACAAGCAAGUAUUGCUUUUCUUCGUUAUUAUGCAGGCUGGUGUGAUAAGAUAGUGGGAAACACUAUCCCAACAGGUGAUUCCAAUGUUACAUUGACGCGAAGAGAGCCAAUCGGCGUUGUAGGACAAAUCAUCCCUUGGAAUUAUCCUUUCAUGAUGUUAAUUUGGAAAUGGGGUCCUGCAUUGGCAACUGGAUGCACUGUAGUCUUAAAACCAGCAGAACAAACGCCUUUGACUGCACUUUACGCAGCCGCUCUUGCUAAGGAGGCAGGAUUUCCAGCAGGUGUUGUAAACGUCAUUCCAGGUUACGGUCCAACUGCUGGUGCAGCUAUUGCUGAGCAUCCAGAAAUUCGUAAAGUUGCAUUUACUGGAUCUACUGAGGUCGGACAUGCCAUAAUGGCAGCAGCUGCUAAAAGUAAUCUUAAACGUGUCAGCCUUGAAUUAGGUGGCAAAAGUCCACUUGUUAUCUUUGAUGAUGUUGAUGUGAAAGAAGCUGCGAAAAUCGCGCAUGAUGCUAUAUUUAGCAAUCAUGGGCAAAACUGUUGCGCAGGAUCGCGAACAUUUGUGCACUCUAAAAUAUAUGACGAGUUUGUAAAACACGCUAAACAGCUAGCUCUUGCUAUAAAAGUAGGGAAUCCAUUCGAUUCUACAACGGAUCAAGGCCCGCAGAUCGAUCAAGUUAUGUUGGACAAAAUUAUGGGUCUAAUCAGUUCGGGGAAACAGCAGGGCGCUGUUGUGGAAGUUGGUGGAAAUCGCGCGGGUAAUACCGGUUACUUCGUACAGCCUACAGUUUUCUCGAACGUGACCGACGAUAUGCGAAUUGCCAAAGAGGAAAUUUUUGGCCCCGUUCAAUCAAUUUUGAAAUUUGAUACCAUGGAUGAAGUAAUUGAACGUGCCAAUCGCACCAACUAUGGUCUUGCCGCUGGUGUAAUUACUAAAGAUAUUGAUAAAGCUUUGGAAUUUGCCCAAGCCGUAGAGGCAGGCAGUGUUUGGGUAAAUUGUUACGAUGCUAUCACACCCCAAACACCAUUUGGUGGAUUCAAACAAUCUGGCAUAGGACGUGAAUUGGGUGAAGAAGGCCUAAAAGAAUAUCUCGAGAUUAAAACUGUUUCCAUCAAAGUUGCAAAAAGAACUAAUAUCCAAAAUAUACAAUGUGUCUUGAUUUUUACUAUAUCUUUUUUUAAUCGAUUUGAAUAACGUUUUUUGUAACAGAUGCUUAAUAAAAUACAAUUAUAUAUAUAUA